AAAAAUAUGGCGAUGGAUUUCAACGAUGCGCUGGAUGACAUAGUGCUGGCCGAGGAAAAGCGUUCCUUCCACUCCUAGCGACUUGCUGCGUGUGAUGUGAAGUUGAGUGAAUCUGAAUGUGUGCUGGAACGCUUAGAGAGUUUUAGGGGAUCGCAUCCGAAACUCGCUACUACUGUUUGCAUCGGGCACAUUGCUUUUGGCUCGGAUUGGCUUGGAAAGUCUUUUCUCCUAGACUUCCCGAGAUGGAAUUUCAAAGGGGUCGGCACCCUAAACCGAAACAGAGCUAUUCGGAAGAAGGGCCCCCCAUCGACGCAAGGCCUAGAGUUUACCCCAAACCCAGGCAUAGCAACUCCGAGGAGGGACCGGCACCUGGCGAUCAGAGAUAUCGGCAGAUGGGCUUUACUCGCGGUUUCAGUCUUGGAGAAGAAGUCGGAUGGAGAGACGGCUACCAGCUCGGAUUACAGCGAGGAGCGCAAAUUGCUACUGAGCUCGGAUUUUAUCAAGGUUUCGUACAUGCAUGGAUAACAGUCUUGGAACGUGAAGAGAUCGCAAAGCAGAGGAAAAUGGUGGCCCUGAAAGCGCUUCUCGAAAUGACGAAGAACUUUCCCCAGGUCAACAUCGCAGACGAAGACAUGUUUGAAAAACUGCACAAGAUCCGAGCGAAGUUCAAGCAGGUUGUGGCAAUACUGAACAUCAACACGAAAGAGACGGAACUCCAUCCUGAGGGAGAGCCAUCGUCUCCGCGACCCGAGAUGUCCUUCUGAUGACCUUCGACCUCCGGGGUGCCCACCGAGGAAGUGGGUAGCGGCAGCCCCGAGCCCGAGACUGCGGUCACAGAAGCGACAACUACGCCGUCGCCCCCGACGGUGUCCGCACUCCCCGUCAGGGCCAUUGUCACGUCGCCGCCCCCCAAUGCUCAAAGAGCGACGCCAAUUCCCGUCCGGCCCCAGCGCCGGCGGUUUUCGGCUCCGGCUUCGUCUAGUUCGGCGCAGCAGUGCUGCAUGCUGUGAGAGCCGACUGCCUCUGUCGGACAAAUUUGCCACCACAACUUCCCAGGAGCGUGGCAGUUUUUUUUUUUUCUGGAGGGGUUUCCUCGCAGAUUGGACCGGAAUCAAAGAGCCAGCACUAAGUUGGCAGAGCGAAUUCGCAAGUUUUAUGGCGUUGUUGACAGUCUUCAUGAACACUAUACCCUGUGGCAACUGCCUGCCACAACCUGAUGUGCCAAAGGUUAAAACGCAAAAGGGAUUCACUCUAGCUGGCCUCAUAAUCAUGACUUCAGUCAUAAAGGGUAUCAUUCUCUGGUGAGAGGGGGUGUGCUGCUUAUUCUUUUUCUGAAUUUUUUAUAUUGAGGCGAUGAGUAUCAGGGAAAAAAUGAAUGAACACUGGUCAAAGCACUAUAUGGAUACAUCCUUACCAGUGCUAGCCAUGUGGUUUGCAUUAUCCAUUAGCUCAAAUGACAAAAUUUCGUAUUAUUGGGAUUUUAUUCUGUUCAUACCACAGAAGACUGCUUUUGAUAUAAAUGCUUCACGAGCCAAACACAGCACAAAUGCUUCACUUUACUUAGAUGUCAAAACUGGAGUUGGGUCUGCCUGACCUUUUUUUAUUAGUCUCAUUGCCAAGCCGCCCUCUGUGUUCUUUUCUCAUGGUUUUACGUAUAAUUAAUGAUAAGAUUGGCAUUAUCUGCAACAUCAGCGCAUGAAAACCGUAGAGUAAGUUGAGGAGGGCAGCAUCGCACAAGUGUUAUUGUGCCCAACCGACCAAGCCGCUUCUGCCAUUUCAAUUGCCCGCUUCUCACUGCCAGGAUAUGAACCUAAAGUGGACUGAAGUCUGGUUAUAGGUCACUGUGUUGCUCAUUGCCAAGUCAUGAUCCUGUUAGAUGUCGCUAACUUCAUAGAUGCCACCUGUCCCUAUUGAAGCGUUUUGUACGCAUUCAAACUAUUCCGUAUGUUGUCCGUAAAAUUUUUACGGAAAUAGAAUGGGAUUUAUGCGGAAUCUGUAUAUACUCCGUAAAAUUAUACGGAGCUCGUAUACAGACCUGUUGGAAAGGCAUACGGACCACUUCACUAGGGGUGCACGCCUAAGGUCCGUGCUGGACUCCAAGGGAACACUGCCACUGAACCAAUGUCGCCGCACGGUUCCCUACGCUUCAGUGCCCCCUUCCUUGCAUCAUUAUACAACAGGCGCAUGUGUACACAUCGCUCUGGAGCUCUGUCGUCGAGACUUUGAAAAACUGCCUUUUCGUUUCUUUUCUUACAUGCCCCACAGUACUCUGUAAGCUCAGUUUCACUGCCCGGUGGGUUUGUGGCAGCCGAAGUAGCUACUACUAACAUGUACAAACAUUUUACACUUGGUGUUACCGAACGGCUUCAGAGUGCGUGCCGCAGGGAAGCUCCAGACUCGCUUCUCAACGUGCGUAGGUCUGGGUGCAUCUGGGCUAACGAGUGUAACCGGCUUGUUGCUUAAAACCUCUCUCAAACUGUGGCUGGUAAAGCGGUGUUAUAGUCAUGGCUUGAAAUUGCAUAUGGUGCCGGUUUGACAGAGCAGCAGUUAUCCUAACCGCCCGAGCGGAAAUUUUCUGCAUUGCCGUUUUUCCAAAUUCCCCUUGCUUAUUGCGUAAAGCUGAUUGACUGUCGUUCGGCUGUGUGCACUUUUUAAUCGGGUGCUUUGAGAGUGAGGUCGAGGUUUGACGAUACGACUCGUUUAGCAGCUUCAGCUCUGUGGUCUCAAAUACAUAAAAGCUUGCUCGUGCUUUACAACAAAGGCUGUGUUAUGUGCAAACACGAGCGAUGCAAGUACUAGAUUUUUCCUGGUCCCACUUAUCAACGCUAAUAUUUCUUUUUGUCAAGCCUCAGUAUAAGAGAUUGUAGGCACUGAAAUUUGCGAUUCAACAGAAUUUUCAUAUCGCAGUUUUGGCUCAAUCGAAGACCACAUACCUUCACUCUGACUUUAUUUUACGUUGGCAUUGUGCAAUGUCGGUCCCCUUUAAAAAAUUUUUGGUUGUCUGUGUGCUACCAUAGCUAAUUCCAAGAUAAAUUCUGGGGCAUUCCCAGCAAACUAAAACAUUGUGAGCUGUAAAAACGAGGAUUUUCACCCUCGAGAUUUUAUUUGGUGCUGGGGUUACAGCACAAGUCCUUCACUGCUCAGCCGGGUGUCUGGUGGUUGUGCAAUCACUGGCUCUGCUACUUCUGAAACAAACUGUGGAGCUUGUAACAUUUUCUGUGCAGUAAAAAUGGUUGCACCUGCAUAAUCACAGAAUCGUCCUGCUGCCGCUGUUCUUCUUUGCGGAACUUGUACCACCUCGGCACCAUUCCACUGAAACACUCGGCCAACAUGGUUCUCGUGUCACGCUCUUCAAGAAUUUCAGCCUUGCCUUAGCAUUUAUUUACCGGGCUCACUGGUUAACUCAUUCACCGACUCCUGCACUAGCCCCUUGGCUGAGACUAAUAUUUUUUGAACUCUAUAAGGAAGACACUUCAUUGCUGAUUACUUGGCUGUGUGGGAGUGAGCGCUCUCAACAUUAGCCAUAUUUAAAUCAUGCAAGUGGCACACAUCUAAGGACAGCUGAUCUUGAUCUCUGCACCUUUGAUGUCGUGAGUGGUUAUGGCAAGCACCAGUUGAAGCCUGCUUGCACCUAAUUAUAUGUCAGCAGUUUUGGUCCAGCGAUGAACUGUUCAGCCAUUGCACGCUUUAUUUAAUGCAAGGUGGACCACUCGAAGGUAGUCCCAACGUUGUCGAUCUCGGCUUUUCAGGGAUCGGAGGAUUGUGCCUGAGCUUUCGACGCGUAUGCCCUGUACUUUAACAUAGAAGUAAAUAUGACUGCAGUAAUGAACUGAGGCUGCGAAUGGUUGCAUCGUAUUGUGCCCCUCUCGCCUUAUCCACUGGAAAAAACAAGGAAGUUUUAGUACCCAUGUUGCACAUUGCGUUCAAGGAACAUGUGUGCAGAAUAACGACAGCAAAAGCUUUGAGCACUAGUGGACUAAGACACGUUUGCUCUGUGUAUGGUGAGCUUGCUUUACUGUACAGGAAAAAGAGAAACACUCAGUGCUGAAUAAUUUUUCAGUUUGCUAGUUCGAAAUGUGUGCUGCCGUUUGCACAGUAUAAACAAAGAGGUCGCAAAGAGAAUUGCAGUUGUGCAAGCUUCAACAGCAGCAGGCAUUGUUGCCAUAGCAUUGAAGAAACAUCUGCAACGUUACGGUAACAUUCACAACAUUGUGUCAACAUUGCAUCAACAACAUUUUAGUCUUGUAACCAUUAACAUAUUUGUUAUGGCAGGGAAAGGAAAUGAAUAUUCGCAAAAUUUUUCAGCAUUGUUACAAUUUUGCAAACGAGUAAAUUUUAAAAUCAGAAAAAAUAAGGAUAAGAGAGCAGAAAUGGCAAGAUACGACGAAUAAGCAGAAUGCGACCAUUCUUGACAAUGUGAAUCGUGUAGGUUCAGCAUUUUUCUGAGCCUUGUUUUAAGCCUCUAGCAGCCAUAACCAUGGUAACUAGUUAAAAUUUUUGUGGCUGGUAAAGUCUGCUUCCUAUGUUUUUUUUGCAGUUUCUCGUUAAAAGCUUUGUGGCUGAUAGUCAGCUUGCCAUGUUUUUCUUGCAGUUUGAAUGCAUCAUAAUGUGCAACUCAACAAACAGUUUCAGAGCCUCAACUCUACUGUCAUGACCGUGAUGGCUAAACAAUUGCACUGUCAUUUUCAGUGCGUUUAUGCAAAGUUUUCAUUCUAUUUCUGCCUGGCUUCCUGUCUGAUACAGCCUAGCAGCAUAUAAAAGUAGCUUCGUUAUCUCUGAUGUUCAUUAUAAAUAACUAUCUGUUACACUGUCACAGUGAUGAGAUAAUUAGUUUAUUUUGUUUGGGAUAAACUGUUAUAUAUGUAAUGCGUUAUAACUGCUAAUUCCGCAUAACCAAUAAUCUGCAACACCUGUGUCUGUUCUCUCUACAUUCAGCCAUAUUGACAAUGGUGAGGGCUACCUUCGAAUGGGAUACCCUGUGCACAGUCGGUACUUGCUCAGUACUGAUCCCUGGAAGCUAGCUUUGAAUGUUAUGCCCUGAACACUGCUAAAUGCAGCCCAAUGACGAGCUUUGAGGGUCGGCAGUAAAAGACGAACUGCAUGCGUCAGGCACUGGCCUGCCUCUGCUUUGAAGCAUUGCAGCGUUUAUUUUUGUCCAGCAUGUCGCGCACCUUGUUCACGUGGCAGUCGCCACCGCACUGUUUUAUCUCUCUGCACUCUCUUUCUGAUGAUGUGCUCAAUAGAGCUCGUUGUACUGUAUUGCUGUUUCACACAAUUUUCGUGCUCUGUGGUGAAGUUGUUUGUGAUCUUGUGUUAGUGGUGUUUUGCUUCUCGCAAAGAGAGCUCUGUUUUUCCAGAGUCAUGUUGGAACGUCUCAUACUAGUAAAUGACAUAGCAUUCUGGCAUAUGUAAGUAUGUUUUCCUCGCAAGUUGUCAUGAUUGUCGUCAAGGUAAGAAAUCAUGUAGACUUAAUGAAUUAAGGUUGAUAUGGUCAACAUCUCUCAGCAGGAGGCAUAUAUCUCCUUAACAGGAUUCGUGUGAACAUCGCUGCUUUUUCGCAUGUUCAUGCACUUCCAACAGGGUAGCACUUAUUCUUUACAUGGAGGCACAGGGAGCAGGGAUUGUAGUGUGAUUAAAUUUCAGUCCACCAUCUCCCUGAAGGGACAGAUAGCAUUUCUGACUUAUUUGUAUCAUUUAUACCUUACAUAUGUAGCUUGCAAUGAACUCUUUCUGCUCUCUUCUUAUAUCGAGGGAAAAUGUAAAGGAUUUGAAGUUAAACUGAACGCUUAAACACUGUCAAGUAUUGCGUUCAUCUGCUGAGUUUUUCUGAUGAGCAAAGGAACUUAAGCGGAUGAACUGAUGGACAGAAAGCUAGUACUUGAAGGCGGUCAGUAAUCUCAGUGUGUAGAAGUUUGAACAUAUUGCAUUUCUAUACAAGACUCGGGUAAAAUUCAUUUUAAUUAAGUAGUGAAUCCAAUUACAGGUUUCCCCACUGUGUUAGCUCAUUCGCUAUGGACUUGCUGCACUGCUAAGCUAAUGGCAGCUGCAUUGUAGUAGGGCUGAAAUGCAAAAGCUUUCAUUUACUUGAGCAAAAAUGAAAAUUAUCCUGAGCACCCGACUAUGUCGUGCCUCAGAGCUGAUGGCUUUCUCACCUGAAGCCCCUGUAGGUAAUUGUAUGGUGAAACAUUCAUUCCAAGUACUGACCCUUAUGCAAAUUAGCUGUUUGGAUUUUUUAAGUUCUGUCAGUAAGCUUUGGGGCGAUAUCUAAAAUUCGUAAGUUAUUUGUCAUAGAAACUGUGUCACAUACACUUCACGUGAAACGUAGGUUUCUUGUAACUUGAGCGUCUUCUCAACUCGUUAAGUCACAGGGGCAUAGCCAGGGGGGAUUGGGAGCUUCAACCCCCUGAAAUUGUUCAGCUUUGCUUGUGUAUAUAUACAUGAGCACAUACAAACGCACGCACAAAUAUACAUAAAGUAUGGUU